CGCGAGUACACCAUGAGCUCAUUAUUGAUGCUGGGAAUGGCGUCGAACUUUGUGAAUUUUUACCCCAGUUUUAGUUGAACUUCACACCAUAGUUUUAUGUUUUUAAAUUUUUAGUCAAAGUAGCAAUGGCUGAAGUCUUCCCUUUAGAUAUAAAUGAUCCAAUAGACGAAGAGGAUUUUAGCGAAGAUGAAUUUGAAGAGGUAGGCUCAGUUUGAAUGAGUUGAGCGAUCGAUACAAUUGCGUAUAACGAAAAUAUUUUCCUGAAAGGAAGUGAUAACCACUAGGAUCGAAGUUUGACUUUAUGAGACUCUUUUUGUAGGGGCAAGUAGGCGAUGAGCUGAUGGAAAACGAUGAAAGGUUAGAAAUGCCGGGAAGCCGGUAUCUGUUUUGAAAUUUGUACUCGAUCAGUGAACCAUUUCACUGUCUAAUACGUAUGUCACUAUAUCGCUUCGCCUGUGGAAGUGAUAGUUAAUGAGCUCUUUCUCUUUCGCACAGUAUGCAUGAAGUGGAAACACUGGCUAUUUCUGAAGAGACUGUUAAUCCUAAAGAUGAGAAAGUAGGCCCUGAAAGCUUUGAACUUCUCAAAGUUUUGGGUAAAGGAGGUUACGGCAAGGUAGGUACAACGCUAUCUACAUAAAUUAUAUCGUGAUGCCUAUUAGACCGCUUAUAGGUAACAGUGAUAUAGUAGAUAGUUUUGUAACUGUUGAAAGGUUUGACUUAAGAUCGUAUGGAGGAACCAAUCGAAUGCGUUUUUGUUUUUUUUCUGGCAAGGUUUUUCAAGUCAGAAAAGUGGAUGGAAGGAACAAGGGAAAGAUAUUCGCGAUGAAAGUGCUGAAAAAGGUUAGAGGUUGAGUUGUGAUGAUUGCACUAAUUUUUGAGUUAUAUAACAAUACAUUGUGUAGAAUUAGGGUCAAAGUACUAGUUCAGAUUUUAGCAUUGACUUGGUGUAUAUUGAUUAUAUUUUUUUUUUAUUUCGCCCGCCUAACUUUUUUAUUUUGAGGGAAUGUGUUCAGUUAACCCACACUUCUGUAUCCAUGUACAGGAAAUUGACAAACGAUUACUUUUUAAAUGAUAAACAUCGUUAUCAUUCCAGAUCAUUCGUUCCCCACCUCCUGUUCCUCUAGUGAUUGCCAAGGUUAAGCCCUGGCCAUAAGAUUUACGUCAUAACUAUUUUCCUAAGAGAAGACUAGCAUUCUUGAAGUGUUUGAUCUGGAGGUGGUUGUAAUAUAAUUUACCACUCCGAGGCUGGUUUGAUCAACUGAUUUUGCUGACAUUCCUGGAAAUUUCCUCCAAAUUGGUCGCCUAGAUUUUAACCUUUUGUGUGUGAGCUGUAGGAUAAUUUGUGCUUUGAAAUAUUGUGAUAAAAAUGUAUUGAUAUCUGGUGUAGAGUAAGAUUACUUUGUGCUUUAAAAAGAAAACAGUAAAAUUUGAUGAAAGAUGCUGGUAUUUUGAUUUACUACUGUGUGAGAAAUGCAAGGGAAGUGAAAAUGAAAUAUUGGCUUUUGUUGAGCUUAAAGUACGUAUUUCCUUUUACUUAUGCAAUCUGCUACUUGAUUGAUGGAAAAGGAAACGGGUUAUAGCAGUGAAGUAAGAGAACUCACUAUGCCAGACUUAGCAAAUUAUUAACUUUUAGCAGCGUGUAUGAGUCAUUUAAGCAAAAUUUGGGAUGUUGGUUUUUAAAAAAAUAUUGCUUAGGAUCAGCAAGGCCUCUGUCUUUCUUUACCAUUAUACCUUAUUUGUGGUCAUAAAAUUUAUUGGUGAUUUUUCCAACUCAUGUGUAUGUCAGGAUUCAUAUUUCCUUUCUUUUUUGUAAUUGAACCAGUUUUAGCUUGAUUUGUGUUUGUCUCAUUUUAUUAAUUUUAAUUGUUCACUAACAAAGAUUUAACUUAACCAGAAAUAAAAUUGAACCACAAAAUGAAGUGAUAUGUCAUUAGUACUGUAUUAUUGAUAAUGUCAGAUUUUGCUAAAAAACUGGAUCUUGGUCUCAAGGGUUUGGCCUCAGACUUAAUGGAUCACAAAGUAAGUCAAAGUUACGUUGAUGAAUUAUCAUUAAUUGAGGAUACUUGUCUUUUUAUGUCCAUUAGGCUGCCAUCAUCAGGAGCCACAAAGACACUGCCCAUACUAAAGCAGAAAGAAAUAUCUUGGAAGCUGUUAAGGUUUGACUCAAUCGCAUUUAUCUUAAACAGGGCAUCAUUCUGUCUCUGUCAGUAAACUGGGAGUUUGUUUAUCUAUUUUUUGCACUAAUUUUCAAACCACUUCAACUUUGGUAAAAAUACAUUACACUUGUGAAACAAUAGAAUGAAGUGGGAAUUUAGAAAACUCAUUUCAAAUAUCCUAUUUUGGAUACAUUUUAUCCUAAUUUUGAAUGCCUUCAGCCUCAAUUUCAGAAUUUGCUUUGAUUUACAAGGCAUGUUUGGAAUGCUAUAGAUUUGUUUUAUUUUAGAUUAGAGCUUAAGGGGCCUUUUAAAUCAGGUAUGGAUGUAAAAAUUUUACAUCUUGUACUUGGAAGCCUGGUUUAUAUUUUGAACUUGUGGGUCUGUUGAGAGGGUUAUAUGCUUUUUUACUAAUAUUUUUUUCAGUAACUUUCAAGAGUUAGACAAUAUAACAGUUUAAGAAUCUGAAAAUAGAAAAUUCAUUAGACUUUCUAUUUGCAGCAUCCUUUCAUUGUGGAUUUAAUAUAUGCUUUUCAAACUGGAGGAAAACUGUAUCUUAUUUUGGAUUACCUCAGUGGUACGCCUAUUUUAUUUAAUACAUGAAUAUAGGUACUGUUUUUGAAAAUAUUUCAUAUUAUUUAGCUAACUGUUUUGCUGGUUAUAAGCACAGUUAUUUUACAGACUCUUUCAAAUAAAUUGAAUAACUCUUAAUGCUGGAAUGUGAAGGGUUUAUAACUGUUUCUGUUUGAUAGGUGGAGAAUUGUUUAUGCACUUGGAGAGAGAAGGAAUUUUCAUGGAAGACACAGCAUGGUAAGAUCCAAAAAGUAGCUGAUUCCUUCUCAACAGUAAACUUUGUUGUCACUCUUGGCUUUUGAUAUUGAUACUUUUGCUCAUCCUCUUCACAGUUUCUACCUGGCAGAAAUAGUCCUGGCCCUAGAACAUCUCCAUAAGCAAGGAAUUAUAUACAGGUGGGCAUCUUUUUCCUGGUUGCAAGGAGGAAUGAAGAAAGGGUGCUAGUAACUAACUGACAGGGCUUAUUUCAUUUUGAUGGGUAUAUGAUAAGCAGUUUGAGAACUUGUUUAUGGUGCUCUUUUAGCAGAUGGAGCUAUUUUGCACAUUUAACAAUUCCUUUUAAGAAGUAAUGGCGUUAUCAUCAAUUUAAUUAUCAUUUCUGUAAAGUGGAAACAGUUUUCUGUUGAAGUCUAGAUGCAUCAAAGUGAUACUAAUUCUUAUAUUUUUUGCAGAGAUCUUAAGCCGGAAAACAUAUUGUUAGAUACAAAAGGUGAGUUUUUAAAAAAAAAUUGAUGUUAACUGAGGUGAUUGAGGUAUUCUCUAAAUGCAGUUUUUCUCUUAGUAAUGUUUAGCAGAUUUACUUCUAGUAGUAGUGCUCAGGCAGUGUUGUUUCAGUUUCCUGAAAACUAAAUAAAGAGAAGCCUGAAAAAGUUCGAGCCUCACUCCUAACUUAUAACUCUGUUGCUCAAUUAUAAGCUCAGUAGUACUCUACUAGUAUUUGGGAGAGAUGACUUCAAAAAACUGUUAAAGCCUUCAUUUUCUUCAUUGUGAAUUAUUGUGUGCACAGAAAUAUAGUGAAAUUUCCCAAGGUAUGGAAGGGUGUUAAGAAAUAAUGGCAUUGGUUUAUAAUCACAAUAACUGGUUCUUAUCUGUUGUCCUUAACAGGCCAUGUGGUGUUGACUGAUUUUGGUUUAUGCAAAGAGGCAAUAUUUGAAAACAGCCUAACUCAUACUUUCUGUGGAACCAUUGAAUACAUGUAGGUAUACUGCAAAGUGGUGAACCUUGGUGCAUGUGUUGUUCAAACCCUUUUGAGUAAAGUGUGAUUAUAAGAUGUUGGUUGACCAUAGUAAGAUAGUCCAGUUACAGAUGUAUUUGUUUAUUUUGUCAAAUGUAUUUAUUUGAGGAAAGUACAUUGAAAGAGUAGAAUUGUAGAUCAAAUCACAUGAAAAGGAAUCAUUCCAGUUAAUACUACUUGAAUUCAAAAGCUAUAAUGGGGUGAUAACUUAUUGGCUAGAGGGGCAUGUGCUAAACAAUGUUCAGACCAAUAUAUUACUUAAGUUCUGGCUGUACUCUGACUUACAAAAUUUAAUUGGUAUAAAACUCACUGCCUGAUGCCAGUUUGAAUAGGCAAUUUCUGGUUGUGUCCUCGUGUACCGGUACACAAAGGAACGAAACAUUAACGAACUGCGUCACAACUCCAUGUAUGGAUAUGAAAACAAUAGGAAUUCCCCCGUGUACCGGUACACCAGGACAGCCCCCAAUUUCUAAUCAUAAAAAUUCCCAGAUUACUUUCCUUCAACUGCUCAAUGCUUAUAGGUGAAUAGUACUUAGCUCAGCAAGCACUAGCCAGUCAGCAUUUGUGAAAAGCCCCAUUUGAUUUGUCAUAAUUGCAGGGCACCUGAGAUACUCACUCGCAGUGGCCAUGGCAAAGCAGUGGAUUGGUGGAGUCUUGGUGCUCUCAUGUAUGAUAUGCUGACAGGAAGUGUAUGUAAUUUGUUCUAUAAAUGGUUCAUUUUUGUGUUAAUAGCAGUCAUCUUUGAGAGGACUUUUUUUUUAAAUACAACUCUACAAGCAUGUUCCUUACAGCUUUAUAGAAUAUAAUGAUGGGAAAAUGUAAAAGUAAGUCAUUUUUAUGUCAUGGUAUAAUAUAAUACUAAAAUGGGAAGAAACAAAAAGAUGUGUUUUUUAAUGUUUAAUGUUGAGAGUUUUUGUCUUCUUCAUCAACAUAAAGAUUAUAUGCCGUAUUUCAUAUAGCUGAAAUGGUGGUUUUGUUUUAUAUCUUUAGCCUCCCUUUUGUGGAGAGAAUAGAAAGAAAACAAUUGACAAAGUAAGUCUUUCAGUGUUACACACAAGAGGAUGUCACUCAUAGGGCCCAAAGAAUCCCAACCUGAAAUCUGGAGGAAGAAUUGUUCCAGUGCAGUGUGUUAUUUUCCAUUUGUUUAUAGCUUGUUGCAGUUUCCCACUCCUACUUCAAAGUUUUUUUAACCAUGAGUUUUUGCAUUUAUGCAUUAGAUAGAAGGACAGAAUUGAUUUAAGAUACAUUGGAAAGACUUUGAAAGAGAUUCAGACAGUGAACAUUUGAAAAUUUGAUAUUUUCCUCUUUUGUUUAGAUCUUAAAAGGGAAACUGGUUCUUCCUCCUUUUCUUAGUGCAGAAGCCAAAGAUUUUGUUAGAAAAGUGAGUAUUUUACCUGAGUACAUAUUUGAUAAUUUUUUUAGAUGUGGUUGAGUGUUUACUCAGUUACAUUAUUGACAAGUUAUAUUUUGCUUUCAGUUGUUGAAACGUCAUCAUCAAGCUCGGCUGGGUGGUGGCAAAGAUGAUGCAUUACCAAUAAAGGUAAUCUUCAACUGUCUUGUAGACCUGCACAACAUUUGUGACACAUGCCAGGUUAUACAUAGUAGCAGAUGCAUGAUCAAAACUAAUAAGGACAACAAAGGCUUAAGCUAUUGAACAAAAAUAUGAAACAAUUCAUUCUUUUUGUUACCCAAGCAAAUAGGAACUAUAACAAUGGUUAGGGGCAAGUGUAAGAACACAGCAAACAUACAGAGAGUAUUUCUUCCAGAAGUGUGUCUUCUGGUCACAACACCACAAUUAGUGUUGUUUAUUAUGUCUUUAUCAAGAGUACCAGUAUAUUUGUUGUAACCAUCAGUCUUUAACUUUUUCUUGCAGACCCAUUGUUUCUUCCGCUCCAUCAAUUGGGAUGAUCUCUACUCCCGAAAAGUGGAGCCCCCAUUUAAACCAAAUAUAGUAAGUGAUUUAUAUCUCCUAUUGUUGCACUAAUAAUGAAACCUGUAGAAUGAAUGAAGGCUACUGGCUAUGUUCAUUACUUGGCUCUUAGAGUACUAAGUUAUUUUCAUGUUUACAUCAUUCUUAAAGGUCAACGUGUUGACUUUUAAGUAAAUGUUUGCUGGCCUUUUUUUAUAUCUUCAGUUGAGCUGAAAAUUUUCCUUCACAGAAGUGCAUGCUAUCCUUUAUACAAAUAAUUAACCCUUGACCCCUAAGAGUGACUAAUAUCGAAUUUACAUACAUAUGUUUAUUGUAACUCCUAACUUGGGCUUUUCAGUUACAAUGUCUAAUUACAACUUUUAAAAUACGUAUAAGUUAAAAAGGAGAAGGAAUAACAGGUAAAUAAUACAUUUUAUGGCUAGAAUCAAUUACAAAAGACCUAAGAAUAUCAUUAAAAAAUUAAGUUAUACUCAACACAAAUGUUCACUGCUCAAUAGUUUCUGCGCUAAGUGACACCUGAAGCUAUUUACACUGCCUGCAGCUUUCAAAUCAUUAGAAAUACAGUUCCAAAGUCUGCAUCCACAAUAUGUGAAUGAAUGUUGUCCAUAUGACAGACAACAACAUGGGAUGUGUUAAAAGAGUGCAUUGCAUAGUCCUUGUGUGAAUAUGAGAACGAGGUACAAACAUAUUGGCCAGAUAUUUUGGGACUAAAUUGUUAAGACAUUUAAAUACCAUUACACAAUUUCUCCUUAUGCUUACUGGUGUUAGGGUGUAAAGGUUGUCCAAUCAGUUUUUUUUUAAUUCCAGACAGGUGAAGAAGAUGUGAGUCAGUUUGAUAGUAAAUUCACAAGGCAAACACCUGUUGAUUCACCAGUAGAUUCAAUGUUGAGUGAAAGUGCAGAUAGAAUAUUUCAGGUAUGAAAGUGUUAGAAUUCAAUUGUUAUUGUUCAAACUGGGCACUAUGAUAAUUUUUUAAUUAGUCAUGCAUGCUUGUUUGGAUGAUGGCAGGAAAUGUGUAAAUAACUGAAACAAUGCUUAUGUUGAAGUUGCAUAUUUGGACCCUCAGUGGCUUUUAAACAGCUUUGUAAACAGCAACAACUAAACAAAAACACCUGCUCAAUGUUUACAAACAAACUUGUUGGAAAUUAUAUUGAUUGUUCUUACUGAUGCCCCAUACACACCAGCUAAACAAGCAAACUCUCAGGACUGGUUAUUUAAACAAAGUUUGGCCAUUGUUUAACAAAACCAUGUUCUAAGGCAUCUUCAAUUUAGCUGAACCUGUUUUCUGAACAUUUACUUUUGUGAGCAGUGUCCAGAGGACCUAAAGCUAGCAGUGGAAGGACAUUUGUUUAAUUAAAUCAACCCUCUUACACAGAAAGCCUGAGUCCCACUGAUUGUGCAAAAAGGGUGGUUUGGGUCAGACCUUGUGUAAGUAAUCAGCCCUCAUAGAGCCUCAUUCCUCCCAUGAGUAUGAAUGAAAACCAUUAGACUGCCAGACUGGCUGGGAAACCAGAAAAAAUGGCAGGGUACCCUAUCCAGGAAGUUUAGAAACACUCCUUAUUACUGUGUGUCCCUGAAACAGGGAUUUGAAGGACCACUCAGAUUUAGAUUUAGUGUUAUGAAUUAAUAUCUGUCAUUUGUUUGAUAGGGCUUCACAUACGUGGCUCCUUCAGUUAUGGGUUCAUUGCAUAGAGAAGUACCAAUGUCACCAUGGAGAUAUACAAGGUAUUGAAGGGAAAAAAAACCAGGACCUGGUAAUGGUAGUUUGAUAUGCUACAUAAGCAAUAUCUUUAUCAACUUGAGUCUUUCCUAAAUACUUUAGAGGACAACCUCUUGGCUCUCUAUUAUUUUUAAGUUAAUUGGUUCUCUAUCUGGCCUGCAGAUCCCCAAGAAGAAGUAACCAACCAAUGAGGUGAGUUUCUGUGUUGUUUCUCUUUUGUUUUUGAAUUUUUUUCCAUUUAGUUGUGGAAAUUAUCUGACAAUGUAUCUUAAAAGCUUGCAAUUGUUAUUCAAGUUUUUUUAAAAUGAUUAUUAAUAAUCCAUCAAUUCUCAGAUCAUGUUUUCAAUCUUUUGUUGAUCACUAAAUUUUUGUGUGAGAAGGUAGCGUCAACUUAAGUGAGACUUGGGGUUUUUUUUUAGGGUAGAAAUCUUGUGAAUGUUAUCUCUUAAUUACCUUUGAAAUCUGUGUGGCACUAAUUAAACUUGUGUUAAUCACUCAUGGUGACUGUGGGUAAUAAUAAUAAUAAUAAUGACUGGGGGUAGAACUGGAGUCCAGUCCUGUUCUAAGUUACAAAAAUAUUUGUCUGAAUAAUAUUAAAAUAUUAAAAUAGUAAUAGAUUUAUUUGUCUGACUAAGUAUACUUAAAUCACAGCCUUCCAAAUGUUUUAGAAAAUUCGCUGUUUUGUAAGUUAAUGUAAUUACUGAUAUGUAUCAGUGUCAGACAACAGUUGUCAGCCGGCAGAAAUAAACAUUAUUUCUAGAGAAUGUACAUGUAGUCAGUAACCUCUAGAUUAGGUAGUGACAACAUAGAAUAGGGAAUGAGAUUUUCCCAAAGAAACAUAUUUGUAGAUUGCAACAGCAGGUGCCUUGUGUUAAUUUUAGAGCUCCAGGGCAUGAUGUAAGUUUGAUUUUGUUUUACAAUUUUUUUUUGAUAAAUUAGUUGACAUCCAAGGAACGCCUCAUUGCUUGAUUCUCUGCAUUAAUAGCAGCACUGUUUUUUUUUCUUCUGUGGACUGAAAAGCAUCUAAAUUUUGGCCUUUAGAACCUUUUGUUUAGUCACAGAUCUUAUCAAAGGUGUGUAUUGUAGCCCCUGUCAGUUCUUCCUAGUUACUUAAAUAAUUUUAUAAUAAUAAUAGGCUUAACGUAGUAGAUGAUUUUUUGGCAAAUCUUUGGUUGUGAUUGCGGUAGGAAAUAACUUCAAAGUAAACUCAAAACUAACAGCCAAUUCUCUAACUUUCACUAAUUUUCACCUUCUCCCUAUUUUCCUGUAGCCCCACCAAAGUUAAGGGAAAUGGUUCCAGUCAGUUUGGAUUUGAACAAUCCUGGCAACCAAACCGAACAGACUCUUCACUAGCCAAGACUGCGGCAAUGAAGACUCUUGAUUUUAACUCUUCAAACUCUGCUGUUGCAAUGGAUACUUCUCAUGGAAGUGAUAAGCUUGUUAAUGGCACUGAUAGUCUGUUGCAGUGUGGUAACUCCCUAGCUCACACAGUAACUAACUCUGCUCUUCAAAUGACAUAACCCUUGGUUUAUUGUGGAAUCCGUCAUCAUCUACUUCUUUAUAAUCUUUCCUGUCUUUGUGGAGAAUUUUUACCAAAAGGCAAAACUGUGUCUGUAACUUUGUGAUAAAAAUUCUCCCUCAAAAGUUAUUUUGUCUAUGCCACAAUUAAUAUCUAGCAAAUGAUAUCUUUACAGAGGAGAGCCAAAGUUACUUCUGUAUGAAGAUGAUUCAUGUAGCUUCAUUCCAGUGAAUAUCAGUUUUUUUUUGGUUUGUUUUACUUCUCUAAUUCAAAAGAAUGGUUCUUUAUAGGGAGCUUAGAAUAUUUAUUUAAGAAGUUGAGGCAGUGGAGGCAUUGUAACAAAGGCUGGUCCGCUUGUAAUCCUGCAAUAUGCAUUCAGAUAUCAAUAGGAAGUUUCUCAGUAGUGUAUCAUAUAAGGUGUUAGUUUUAGUUAACAGAUAAUGAAGUAGACAAAGUAAUGCUAAAAAAAAACUUUUGAUCAAGCAAUUAAAAAUAGUUCUAGAUUAUUUAAACUAAAGCAAGUUAGCAACAUAGAUAGAUAAAAUUUUAUUGCUCCUGAUUUAAUUGCUAUGCUGAUUCUGUUAAAACAAAAUUUUCCUCUUUUCAUGAAGGCAUCUGGUUGAACCCUAAAGAGCUAAUUCAAAAUUUGUAUGAUGUCUCUGGAAAAGAGAAUAUAUUUUUACAAAGGUAUAAAUUGCAAUAGUAACAUUAUAGAUUUUAAGAUGUUUUAGUUUUCAAGAAGUCUGCUCGGUUAAAAUUAUUAUUUAUUGCCAAGACAACAUAGUCUUGGAGUUGCACAUUUUCAAAGCAUUAAGCUACAGUUUUCAAGAAUAGUACUUUCAAAGUACUUUCAAGUUUAUGUUGAUGUGUUAAGAGGACAGAGUGUUAUGUUGCUUUGUUUGCAUCCAGCAAUGAUAGACCAUGGAUUUCUAAAUGAAUAUCAUACCCUUUUGAUAAAAAUUAUGUUUAAAACGCUUUUGAUUGGACCAUUUAUUUGUGCUGUUGUAAAUCUAGCUGCUAAGAGCAUAUGCAGGAGGAGGUACUAAAAAUAUUUAAGAAUGAUUGACAAUAAUUAUAGUAAUAAUUAUUAAUAUUUAUUAUUGCAUUAUGCACAAGUUUUUUUUAGGUAAAAAUCAGUCAAUGCAGUGUGCAGUUAGUCACAGUCUGCAGAUUAUAGGAAACAAGUAAAAGUUACAAUUUUCAGUUGAAACUCAAAAGGAUAACUUUGAAAAAAUUUUCGUUCUUGCUAUACUCUCCAUUACAUUUUCAAAAAAUGGUGCAAACCUUGGAAACAACGAAUUACUUGCUAGUGAUGCAUUUUUGCUGUAAUGCUGCAUUGGUUGAGGAGACUAGAUUUGUUUAUUCAACUGUUUGUUGUUUCUGUCCUCUGAUUAGUCAUCUUAAAUCAUCUAAUGAUUUUUUGAAAUUUUAACAGUGUUGAGAAAAGUUCUAAAAGUGAGAUAAGUGUGUUUUAGUAGUGCAGACUGAAGUAAUAGAUUGAAUAGUGAUGAUACAUUUGCAUUUUAUUCAUUAUGAUAGGAACAGAUUUAAACUCUGGAAUCAAAUUAUAGAUAGAAAUGCUGUAAUUUGAUCUGGAGUACAGGUGAUGAAUGAUAUAUUUUCACAUGUAGUUAGAUGUAGUUGAAAAAGCACAGUUUCAAAAGAGAACCCUCCUAAUGAUUACCAGCUAUUUUGAAAUUUCUUUUUGCAAAAAGGUUUUAUGUUAAAUAGUUUAAUGUGGUUUGAAAGGAAAUUAUAAAAUACCGCCUGCUGGACAGACAUGCGUUGCAAAUUUGCAUAUUUUCUCACCUUACUUGCAACAAAAAUGAUUUUGAAUUGGCAAAUAUGGUGUCCAUAUUUCAGAUAAAUUUAACAUGGGUUAUCCACCCUUCAGUACUGGAAUUUUUUUAAGCAUGCACAAAUGUGACUAAAUUAUUGUCACUGCAGUCUACAUUUUGUAUUUAUUAACUUACAUUUUUUCAAGCAAAAUGGCAUCUCCUCGAGUUUAUGUAGUAAUAGGGCCUUACAUUAUGUGUGCAAAACAAACUUAAGUUACAAAAAGGUUUCUCAAACUUUCCAGUGGUCAGUCUAUUCAGUCAUGUGAUAUUCAAUGGAGUACAUGUUCCCUAUUUAUCUUAAUUCAGUAGGUUCUAUUUAUUAAUAAGCUGAAAACACUCCCAUUCCUUGUUGUUUCAAGGAUUAGGGAUCAUGGGAAUGAAUUACCAGUUUUCCCAAACUCUUUUGUGCAUCUCACUUCCUUUU